AUGGCCAGAUGCCACCACCACUCCGGGUAUCUAGCAGACGAUGAGGCCGGUCACAUCACAUACAUGGCCCGGCCUCGCAGGAAGCCACUGUUCCCAGAAAUGGGGCCAACUUCCAAGCUGGGUCGUGAGCUGCACUCGCUGCCAACCUAUGGCCCCCCCAAUAGCUCAGUCCUCCGUGGUCACCAACAAACUGCGUGGGGCAGCCAGCCUUUCAGCAGCUUCCUGGACUUCUUGGUGGAGGGCCAGGUGCUGGAUAGUCUGCAGACAGUGGUGGAAGAAGCAACGGAGCACAUGACAGCCAUGAGAACCCAAGCUGGGGAGCCACUGUUGGAGGUGCAGGACCCAUUGAAGGAGCUGAGCAGCCGGUGCCGGUUGCGGGUUCGGCCUAGCCUCAGCACAGUGCACCGGCACCGGACCCAGCCCACCCUCUGCACUGGGCGCCUUAACAACUACCCAUCCUGCUCCAGCUCCACAUCCAAUUCCUAUUGUAGUGUCUCGGCUGAUAGGCUGGAUUUGUGCAGCAGGAACAAUGAUCGGGGUGUCCAUGGCAUAGGUGCCUUGCCCCCUGUGAAGGACAAACAGUUGCUGGAGAGGAGCCUCAAGCACCUGUUGCGGAUGGAAAACAAAGGGAAAGGCCAGGGCAGGCCCUCCUCCCAGAGGGGCUCACUGUGCAGCCAGGCCAGCAACCAGUGGAUGCCGGAGCAGCCCCUGUCCUGGUUCUCGGGCCUGCUGGGCUCUGGCCUGAGCACACCCUCCACAUACGAGCUGGGGCUAGCUGAGAAGCAGCUCUCUUUUCUUAAGCGGGAAUUUGACAAGGAGAUGAAGUCCAUGAUGAACCAGCCGGAUUCCUUCGACCUGCCCAGCUACUGCUCGAUCCGAGAGCCUUACCACACCCUGGACUUCCUGGCCAAGCAUCAGCUCUUCCCCGCUCUGCAGCGUGUGGUCCAUCAGGCCAUGGACAAGCUCAGCAGUGCCUGCCGCCAUGACGGCUGCCCUCUCUUCUGCUCACCAGCCCACAUGGCUACCCCGAAGCCAGAGCCACUGGCUCAUUCUGAGUGGAGUCACCAGCAUCUGGAGUCAUCAGUCUCCACAUCACCCUUACCUUAUGAGGACCCUGCUGUCAAAGAGAGGCCCUUUGAACAGAUCCCUGUCACGUCCUGCCACUCUAAAAUGGGAUGCAGAAAGGGUUCCAGGGGCAAAGGCUGGGGUAAAGUCAAGAAAGAGGACCCUGCUGGCUCUGGCACCCAGGGGGCCACCAAAUUAAAGGUUAAGGUGACCCCCAUAGAAGAACUCAAGGCCAUUCGCCCUUCAGCACCCUGGCAUGAGGCAUGUGACACAGACCCUAAAGAAUCAAACCCAGCUCAUUCCAUGACUGAGUCCCCAAGCCCCAGCCAAAGGGCCCAGCCUUGGCAAAGCCUGCACUUGAUUCUGCCAGCCCUUGGGAACAGGGUGGACGUGGCCUCUGGCCGUGGCUACCCCUCCCCCCCAGGGCCCUACCCACAGACCCCUCCUUACUAUCUCUCUUCCCUCCACCUCUCCUCCAACAUCUCCCCACAUCCCUCUGGGAAUGCCCAACUCAAGAACAACAAGAAGAAGCCUCUUCCUCCCAUCUCAUCCAAGACUUCCAUGUCCCACUUCAGCCCUCUGGAGGAGGAGUUCAUUGGCUUCCUGGUGGAAAAGGCUGUCUCUUUGGUCCUUUACAAGUAUAAGUUUGAGAAGAACCUCGGCAAGCAGCUUGGCUUCAUAUCUUACCCAGUCACUGAAGUGCUCCUGGACCUCUUCCUGGGCUUCAGGAAGCUGGAGGGUUCCAGGAUCCGCCUGUCCUCAAAGGUCAACUGGACAUGCCUGCUGCACAGACUAGGGGAGGCUGCAUGGGUAUGCCGGCAUCCCAAUGCCCAACAUGCCAGGUCACCCUCCACGUCACCCUCCACUCUGCCCAAACCUGCCACUGACCAGGACAAGGCUAUUGAACACAACUUCUCCAUUACGGAGCUUCUCAGCCAGCAGGAGUUUGAGGAGGAGGAAGAGGAGGAGGGGGGGAAGCACCCUACUCCUUCAGAGCCUAAGCUGUCAGCAGCCUCUAGUUUCCUUGCUGGCUCCAGUUCCCAUACUGGCUGCAGGACACAUGUUUACUCCAUUAAUCACAUUGCCUCUGGCACUCGCAUUGGCUCCAGUUUGAAUCUUGGCUCAAAUUUCUCCAAAUCCAAGGACCAGAUGGAUAUUGACCCUGGAGAGGGCAGUGAGCAGCAACAGGGUGAGAGCUCAUCUGAAAGCAAAGUUGAGUCCCAGGGGUCUCCUAAGCCUCAAGUCCAGGUUGAGGUCAAGAGCUCCCUGAUGUCCAGUCACAGGGACCAUCCAUGA